AUGUCUUGGGACGACGAGGAGUUUGAGGUGAGAACUUCGACGAAGGACCAACCGAUGGUUGUGUCCUGGGAUGACGAGUUCAACAACGACGAUGACGAUGCGCUAUUAGAGUCAUGGGAUGCAGAGGAGGUCCCAAAGCAAAAGCAAAAGCCCAAGGCAGCACCCAAGGCAGCUAAGAAGGUCGACAAGAAGGGCGAAACCGUGCUGCUGGAGAUCGACACUCUCGAUGAGAAGACGCGCAAGGAGCUUUUGAAGAAGGCCGAGCUCAACUCGGACCUGAACAACGCUGCAGCGCUAUUUGAUGGGCUUGGUGUUGCAGAAGAACAUCCGCGUGCCCGCGCGCUGCGCCAGGAGGAGGAACUAGCUGCGCUGAGCCGUCCCGCUGCCUUAACGAAGCAGACUCCUUUCGAGAGCCACCCUCUCUUCUCAGAAGCGGAAACCAAGUCCGACUUCCAGGAUUUGCGGAAGGCAUUGUCUACUGCGAUUGCAGGCAUGGCUGAGAAGUCAUCACUAAACUAUUCGGGCGCGCUUGCCAUCGAUUUGAUCCGUGACGUCGCGAAACCAUUGUCGAUUGAAUCCAUCAGACAAACGGUCGCGACCCUGAACGUGCUGAUCAAAGAAAAGGAGAGACAAGAAAGACAGGCACGUCUUGCCAAAGUUAAGGGCGGCACUGCCACCGGUGGUGCAGGCAAAAAGAAGGCAAAGGCUGCAAGACCUAACUUGGGCGGUGCAUUCAAAAAAGACCAGGAGUUUUCCUUGGAAGACAACUCUGAAUUUGCAGACUUUGGCGAUGAUGACUUCAUGUAA